AUGGACUGCGCCGUACCGUUCUGCCACAUGGGGUGCCCUCUGGGGAACGUCAUCCCUGAUUUCAAUCACCAGGUUUACCUGGGAAACUGGGAGAAGGCCCUGGAAGUGCUGCUCAGCACCAACAACUUCCCAGAGUUCACGGGCCGCAUCUGCCCCGCUCCCUGCGAAGCGUCCUGCGUUCUCAGCAUCAAUGCUGACCCCGUCACAAUCGAAUACAUCGAAAAGGAAAUCAGCGACCGGGGUUAUGAGCAGGGCUGGAUCAAAGCGAUGGCCCCCAAGACGCGGACGGGCAAAUCCGUGGCCGUGGUUGGCAGCGGGCCGUCCGGACUGGCCGCCGCUCAGCAAUUGAACCGCGCGGGACACAAGGUCACGGUGCUGGAGCGGGCGGACUACAUCGGCGGUCUUUUGAUGCUGGGCAUUCCGGAUUUCAAGCUGGAGAAGUCAGUGGUUCAGCGCCGGGUCCAGCUCAUGGAAGAGGAAGGUAUUGAGUUCCGCACCGGCGCCAACGUCGGCGUGAAUUACCCUGCGGAGAAAUUGCUGGAAGACUUUGACGCGGUGUGCCUCACCGGCGGUUCCACUCAGGCGCGGGAUCUCGACGUUCCCGGGCGUGAGCUGGAUGGCGUGCAUUUUGCGAUGGAUUAUCUGCCGCAGCAGAACCGGGUGCUGGCGGGAGAGACCGUCGAUGGUCAGAUAACCGCCGAGGCCAAGAGAGUUAUCAUCCUGGGCGGCGGCGACACCGGCGCGGAUUGCCUGGGUACCGCUCACCGGCAGGGAGCCGAGAUAGUCCACCAGUUCGAGCUGCUGCCGGAGCCUCCCGAAACACGCCCGGACGAUAACCCGUGGCCACUUUGGCCAAUGGUGCUGCGAACGUCAGGCGCGCACGAAGAGGGUGGCGUUCGCGAUUACAACAUCCUGACCAAGUCACUUUCGGGAGAGAACGGGCAAGUAAGCCAAUUGCAUGCCGUCCGCGUGGACUGGACGCGGGGCGAAAAUGGCCGCUUUCAAAUGUCGGAAGUGCCCGGCAGCGAGUUCGCCGUGGACGCGGACCUGGUGCUGCUUGCGAUGGGUUUCCUCCAUCCGGAACACGGCGGGAUGCUGGACCAACUUGGCGUUGAGCUGGAUGGCAGGGGUAACGUGAAGGUUGACGACAACAAGAUGACCUCGGUGCCGGGCAUCUUCGCUGGCGGCGACAUGGUACGCGGCCAGUCCUUGGUGGUAUGGGCGAUUGCCGAGGGACGGGAUGUGGCGCACGGCGUGGACCAGUACCUGUCGUCGGGAACUAGCCAACUGCCGAGAUCAUCCGCCGUUAGCUAG